UCUGGAACACCGGGUAGAAGUAUAGAGCCACAGGUGGAGAGACAGCCAGGCAAAAACGGAGCCGCAAAAGAUCCGUAGCAGAGUACUGGAGAAGAGCUGUCGUCGGGUGAUGAAAAAAACCCCAGGGUAGGGCUUUACUAUGGGUGGGCGGUCUCUGCAGGGAGUGGGCUUGCCCGGCGCUUUUUAAUCCAGAUACGCACCCUACGUUCGGUAGGGUGCGUAUCUGGAUCCGGAGCUGACACGGCCAAGAGGGGAAAGAAGACACACCACCCAGCAACAUGACUGCACCCAGCAACACCUACGACGUUAUAGUGGUCGGCGCGGGCAUAUCAGGUUUGAGUGCUGCAAAGCUGUUGAAAGCCAGUGGGCUCGAUCCUGUAGUGUUGGAAGCCAGAGACCGGGUUGGUGGUCGUACCUUCACUGUGCAGAAUAAGGAGGCAAAGUGGGUUGAUCUAGGCGGUGCCUACAUUGGACCGACACAGAACCGCAUCCUCCGUCUGGCCAAAGAGUAUGGCAUAAAGACCUACAAAGUCAACGAGCAGGAGAACUUGGUGCAUUAUGUUAAUGGAAAGUCUUACCCGUUCAAAGGCUCCUUGCCUCCCAUGUGGAACCCCAUCGCUUUGAUGGACUUCAACAACCUCUUUAGAACAAUGGAUAAGAUGGGCGAGGAGAUUCCCAGAGACGCUCCCUGGAGAGCUCCCCAUGCUGAGGAGUGGGACAAGAUGACCAUGCAGGAACUCUUUGAAAAACUCUGCUGGACCAGAACUGCUCGUCGCUUCGCCACACUGUUUGUCAACUUGAUCGUGACCGCUGAACCCCACGAGGUGUCAGCUCUCUGGUUACUCUGGUACGUCAAACAGUGUGGAGGAAUAAUGAGGAUCUGCUCCACCACCAAUGGAGGACAGGAGAGGAAGUUUGUAGGAGGUUCGAAUCAGGUGAGUCAGUGCAUGGCGAGGGAGCUGGGAGACCGAGUGAAGCUGCAGUCUCCAGUCUACAGGAUCGACCAGACCGGAGACAUGGUUGUGGUGGAGACCGUGGACAAGCAGACCUACAAGGCCAAGUAUGUGAUCGUGGCCACACCACCUGCUUUGAAUCUGAAGAUGCACUUCAACCCUGAGCUGCCCCCGCUGAGGAACCAGCUGAUCAACCGUGUUCCCAUGGGCUCUGUCAUAAAGUGCAUGGUCUACUACAGAGAGAACUUCUGGAGGAAAAAGGGUUACUGCGGCAGCAUGGUGAUAGAGGAGGAGGGCGCUCCCAUCGGCUUCACCCUGGAUGACACAAAGCCUGAUGGGACUGUACCUUGUAUUAUGGGAUUCAUCCUUGCCCACAAGUGCAGAAAGCUCUCAAGCCUGUCCAAGGAAGAAAGGUUGAGGAGGAUCUGUGAGAUCUACUCCAAAGUGCUGGGCACAGAUGAGGCUUUGCAUCCGGUGCACUAUGAGGAGAAGAACUGGUGUGAAGAGGAGUACUCUGGAGGCUGCUACACAGCCUAUUUCCCCCCAGGAAUCCUUACUCAGUUUGGCAGAGUGCUGAGAGAGCCGGUGGGCAAGUUGUACUUUGCAGGCACAGAGACGGCCACCGAAUGGAGUGGCUACAUGGAGGGGGCCGUACAAGCUGGAGAGAGAGCAGCCAGAGAGGUCAUGUGUGCGAUGGGUAAACUCCAACCUAAUCAGAUCUGGCAACCUGAGCCUGAGAACGAUGAAAUCCGGGCACUCCCGUUUGUUACCACCUUCUGGGAGAGAAACCUGCCUUCGGUUGAUGGUUUCCUCAAAUUCUUAGGAGUCUCCACAUUCCUGUCUGCUGCCGCCGCAGCUGGCUUGGUGGCCUACAAGAAGGGCAUCAUCCCCCGGAGUUAAACCACCCUGUCGUCUCACUCCUCCACAUCUCAAGGGAACACGUCUCAAUAGACACUUGUGUACUUCUAGUGCUUUAUGGGCCCAAACUACAGAGUAGUGACCUACAUAGGGUAUACAUUGUUUUUUGAGAAACACAGUGAUGUGAGAAGGACUGCUCAGCUCAUGCAAAAACACUAACACACUGUUACUCUGUCCACAAACGAAAGAGAGAAUGAAGCAGGUGAGAAGGGCUGACUGAAAGGUGUUUGAGAGGAGGGACGAAAGCCUAACUUCAGUUUAAAACAUGCAGACUCAGAUUGUGAAACCAAUGAAGGAAAAAAGAUCAGAAUCAGUUCGUAAGGGGAAACCUUCUCUGUCACUAUUACUAUCCCAUACAAUGCCAAUGAAAUCCACUGUGUCGAUUAUAUGUGAGUUUAUAAAAGUCGCCAUGCUUACUGUG